CGACCUGGAAUGAGGGAGUGAAUGUUCCGGGUCAGAAACUGGACUAAGAGGAAAUAAACUCCGGGAUAAGAAAAAAUACGGAAUAAACGCAGCUAAACAGACAUGUAACCGCUUACAAAGAAACAUACGGGACUCUCCUCAGCCUUCCUGUUAAAGAUGUGGCGAGAAAGGUGAAAAAAGCGGAAAGAAAACUGCAGAAGUGGAGCGCGACGUGUUUAUUAUUGCAUGUUUGUGCGCGUGAGAUCGAUAGAUUGUGAUCGACACUAGUUGCUCCGGCGCGCUCUCGCCGUUCCCGGUUUUUUUAUUAUAUAUUUUUUAACUUUUCCAGCAUUCGGGGUUCAUUUCUCCAGGGUUUUGCUCGUGAUGUUUCACUGUAUCCCCCUGUGGCGGUGUAACCGUCACAUCGAGUCGAUCGAUAAGCGCCACUGCUCGCUCCUCUUCGUCCCGGAUGAGAUCUAUCGAUACCGAGCGAGUUUGGAGGAGCUCCUGCUGGACGCGAACCAGCUCCGGGAUCUUCCCAAGCCAUUCUUCAACCUGACGAAGCUGAGAAAGCUCGGCCUGAGUGACAAUGAGAUCCAGCGGCUGCCGGGGGACAUAGCGAACCUCAACCUGCUCGUGGAGCUCGACAUCUCCCGCAACGACAUUACGGAACUCCCUGAAAGCAUUUCAUAUUGUAAAACCCUCCAAGUAGCAGAUUUUAGUGGAAAUCCUUUGACAAGGUUGCCAGAAAGUUUUUGGGAAUUACAGAAUUUAACAUGCCUUUCCAUCAAUGACAUUUCUUUACAAGCACUUCCAGACAACAUUGGAAACCUCUGUAACUUGGUAUCACUGGAACUCAGAGAGAACUUGCUGACAUAUUUACCAGAGUCUCUGUCUCAACUUCAGAAACUUGAAGAACUGGAUGUAGGAAGCAAUGAACUAUAUAAUUUGCCGGAGACGAUAGGCUGUCUGGUCAGCCUGAAGGACCUGUGGCUGGACGGGAACCAGCUGUCUGAGAUCCCAGCGGAGCUGGGUAGUAUGAGAAGCCUUACGUGUCUGGAUGUAUCUGAGAAUAAGUUGGAGCAUCUGCCGGAUGAGAUGGGGAAUCUGCUCUGCCUCACGGAUCUGCUGGUGUCCCAUAACCUCAUCGACCUGCUGCCGGAGGGCCUCGGAAAAUUAAGACGGCUCUCGAUUUUGAAAGCAGAUCAGAACCGCUUGCUUCAGCUGCCGGAGAGCAUCGGUAACUGUGAAAGCCUGACAGAACUGGUGCUGACGGAGAACCAGCUGGUGAAUUUGCCAAGAAGUAUUGGAAAACUAAAGAAACUGUCCAACUUCAACUGUGAUAGGAAUCGACUAACGUCUUUACCGAAAGAGAUCGGCGGCUGUUGCAGUCUGAACGUCCUGUGUGUGAGAGAGAACCGGCUGACCCGAAUCCCUCCUGAGCUCUCGCAGGCCGCGGAUCUGCACGUGCUCGACGUCUCGGGAAACAGGCUGCUCUACCUGCCCUUGACGCUCACGACUCUCCGGCUCAAAGCGCUCUGGCUGUCGGAGAACCAGUCCAAACCCCUGCUCACCUUCCAGACGGAUGUGGACCCCGAGUCCGGAGAGAAGGUCCUGACCUGCGUCCUCUUGCCUCAGCAGCCCUGCGAGCCGGACCACACAGGUACAGCUCUGACAUGCUCGGAUAACCUGGCGCGCUGCGGUGCGCUGGAGAGUCUCGUGGAGAGUGGGAUACUGGACGACACCUGGGACGACAAAGCCUUGAACCGCAUGAGCACCAUCCGCUUCAUGGAGGACGACGACGACGAGGAGGAUGACGAGAGGACGCUGCUGAGACGGGCCACUCCUCACCCCGGCGAGCUCAAGAACAUGAAGAAAGUGGCCGAGAACAUCCGCAAGGACAUGAUCGCCGCCAAAGGCCUGGACUCCAACAAAAACGAGGUCAAUAAUGCUGUGGAGCGCGUGACCAGCACGUCUGUGUGACCGCUGUCUCUCCGAGAUGUCUCCUCCCCAGUGUGUGUGUGUGUCCCGCUGAGCCAUUCCUCCCUGUUUUCUCCCGGGAACACCAGAGCCCUUUCCCAUGUCCAGCGUGUUCAUCCGCGUCAGGAACCAGUGCCUUCCUUUAUAGAGACCUUCAGAGAGAGCACA